AUGACGAUGACUCGAACGCAAAUAGCACAUAAUGAAUCUCACCGUCAUAUUCCUUCGUUAUUCUGUAAUGCUGCAAAUAAAUCUGAUUGCACUGCUGCAGUUCAACGUACUAAAGCUGCACUUGAGUUAGGUGCAAGAAUAUUUGCUGAACAAUACAAAAAUGCCGCGGGCCUUUGCUUGUCUGUGGGACUUGGUCCACCACAAGUUUCCUGA